AAACCAGCGACUUGGCCACUGCCACCGGUACUGGAGAUGCUGCGCUGUGGAGGCCAGGCUCAGGGAGGGGUGGGAGUAAAGGGGGCUGCUGCAGCUGUCAAGCCAUAAAUCAGGCUGACCCUCGACUCUGGGCAAGAUGGCAAAUCCAGCUUCCACACCAGCAGUCCCGAGCAGAGGUCAUAACUGCACGGAUCUGUUAGCACUUGGAAUCCCCUCUGUGAUCACGGCCUGGGGACUGUGGGCCAUCUUAGGGGCUGUGACGCUGCUACUUCUCAUCUCGCUGGCUGUGCACUUGUCCCAGUGGACUAGAGGCCAGAGCAGGAGGCAUCCAGGACCGGGAAGGUCUGGUGAGUCUGUGGAUGAAGUCCCUCUGUAUGGGAACCUGCAUUAUCUGCAGACAGGACGGCUGUCUCAAGAACCAGGGCCAGACCAACAGGAACCAACACCUGGAAGCUCUGCCAGGGCUGCAGAAGAGGUGAUGUGCUAUACCAGUCUGCAGCUGCGGCCUCCUCAGGGCCGGAUCCCCAGCCCUGCAAGCCCCAUCAAGUACUCAGAGGUGGUGCUGGACUCUGAGCCAGAGCCCCAGGCUUCAGGUCCUGAGCCGGAGCUCUACGCCUCAGUGUGUGCCCAGACCCGCAGAGCCCGGGCUUCCUUUCCAGACCAGGCCUACGCCAACAGCCAGCCUGCACCCAGCUGAGAUGGAGGGCCUGGCACACUGGGGCACCCAUCUCCCCCACCUCCUCUGUUGCAGGGGUUACUGCUACCCUGUCUGAGGUGUGACUGUUUUCCAACUCCCCCUGAAGACAAGCAGCCAUUGCCUAGUCACAAGGGGGGGUGUUCCCUUAAUUUCUUAUCUGAGUUGUGACCGACCCAUCUCAGAGGAAUGGCAGGCCCCCAGCUUCUUGACAAUGGAGGAAGCAAAGGCAGUGGCCUCCUCCCCACCCCUUUUUUUUCAUCUAUUCCUCCCAACCCCCAAACUCCCAGGUUUUCAGUCCUCCUUCCGGAGUUUAACCAGAUGCUCCCCACUCUGGCUGCCUCAUGGUCUGUGCUGAUGCCUCAGUGUCUCCUCAGCCACAGGAAGUAGGCAGUGGGGGAGGGGGUUAAGAGCCUGAGAGGAUAUGUAUGGGUAUCCUGCUCAGGAUCCCACAAGCUGGAGGGAACCCACUGAACUGAAGAACCCAAGCUUGAUUUCUGGUUUGAGAACCCUGGCAAAAUACCAGUGUCUAUCCUGUUGUUCUCUGUCAUGUCCCCAAGUUUUUAAAUAAAACUUCUGAAAAAAUGUUUAGAUUUUA